AUGGAGGAAAUUCAGAGGAGAGGCGAGAAAAUGAGGAAGAAUAGGAAGAAGCUGGUUGUGAAAUCGUGUGGGAAGAUUUCGAGUUCGCCUAAAUUGGAUUUGACACAAACGCCAAGGAGAAUGGUGAAUUUGAAGAAAGGUUGGGGAAUUUUGGGGAUUUUUGGACAAAAUUUGGACCGCCCGGGCCGAAUUCGGCCCGGGCCGGCCCAUUUUUCAAGGCUUUUUGGGCUUUUGAAAACCCAUCAGACUAGAAAAGCUGAAAAUUCUGGAAUUUUUUAUUUAAAAAAUUGUAAUAUUACAGAUUUUAGUCUAGAAAAUGUGGAAACUUUCAGCGAAAAUCCACGUGGCAAAAUUUGAAAUUCAAAAAAAUUUUGAGAGCGAAAAUCCACGUGGCAAAAUUUGAAAUUCAAAAAAAUUUUGAAAGAAACGUGAAAUUCCAGCCAAAAAAUCUGAAAUUUCAGCUCUAGAAGAAGCUGAGAACGUGAAAAACGUGAAAUUCCAGCCAAAAAUCUGAAAUUUCAGCUCUAGAAGAAGCUGAGAACGUGAAAAACGUGAAAUUCCAGCCAAAAAAUCGGAAAUUUUUGAUUUUUGACUGAAAAAUCAAGAUUUUCAGCUUCCUCCAGAAAUUUUCGAAAUUAAAUUUUCAAAAAAAAAAUAAUUCAAAAAAAAAUUUCGCAUUUUGAAUUUUUUGUUGUCAUUUUUAAAUUUUGAAUUUUUGAGAAAAUGUGAGUUUUCUACAGUAAUUCUACAGUAAUCCUAGGCGUAUUUGAAAAAUUUUUUAAUGAAAUUUUGAAUUCGGCUCUUUCAGGCCACUAUUUUGAUCUCUAAACAUUUCCCCAAAAAUCUUGAAAAAUGGGCGGAGCUUGGCAGCAAUCCUGGCACAAUUUUUGAAAAAAAACUGUGCCGGAAUUUUUAUUCUAGGCAUUUUUUUGGUCUGGAUAAUCAUGUUUCCAUUUUAGACCAAUUCCAAUUUUUUGGGCCGAUUUUUAGGCCUUUUUUGGGCCCAGUCCAAUUUUGCAAGCCUGAUUCUAGGGCUUUUUGGGCUUCUUAUCGAUUUUUGACUGAAAAAUCUGAAAUUUUUAGCAGAAUUAGCUUUGAAAAAAAAAUUUCGAAAUUAACUUUUCAAAAAAAAAAAAAAAAAAAAAAAUUGAAAUCGGUGAAAAACUUCAAGCUCAAAUUUAAUGCUGAAAAAGCUGAAAAUCACACAUUUUUUCAAUUUCAGCACGAAAUUUCAGCCCGGAAAAUUUUUGUUAUGGAAAAAAUCCACUUUUUCAGCUAGAACUUGAAGCUCAAAAUUUUUGAACUUUUUUUUCAGAAAUUUCUCUUUUCAGACUGGAAUUUAAAUAAAAUUAGCUUUGAAAUAAAUAAAAAAAUUCGAAAUUUCAAAAUUUUCAAAAAAAAACCUAUUUUUUCUCUGCAAAAUUUCGCGUUUGAAAUUUUGAGAAAAUAUAAGAGCUACAGUAAUCCUAGGCAUAUUUACUACCAAAAAAAUCCCCAAAAUUUUUCCAGUUCCAAUCCAAGUUCCGCUAAAACGAAAACCCACUCCACCUCCAAUUUUAAUCGAACGAAAAAGUCCGGGAGAAGUUUUUGCUCAACUCACGCCAAAACGUCAAAAAUCCUCGCUGGAAUUGGUCGAAUCUCAAAAAUCUGAAGAUGUUUUCAAAGAUUUUCCGGAUUUUUCUGAUUCUUCUUCUGAUAUAUCAAAUGUUUUUGAUGAAUUAUCACCGCGGAAGAUGAAUUUGAAUGCGGAAGGAGACGCGGAAGAGUUUCCGCUUGAGUUUAUCACUGGAUCACAGUAUUUGAAGGAGGUUAGUGCAUUUUUUGCUGAAAUUUCAGAUUUUUCGCUGAAAAUUUCAGAUUUUUUGCUAGAAUUUCACGUUUUUCACGUUCUCAGCUUCUUCUAGAGCUGAAAUUUCAGAUUUUUUGACUGAAAAUUUGAGAUUUUCUAGAAGAAAAUUUGAGUUUCUAGCUCAUAUGUUCCAGCUAAUCUUUCUUUUUUGACUGAAAAUUUUGGGAUUUUCCUGAAAUUUUGAAUUUCAAAUUUUUCCACGUGGAUUUUCGCUCUCGAAAUUUUUAAUUUCAAAUUUUUCCACGUGGAUUUUCUCUCUCAAAAUUUUCGAAUUUCAAAUUUUGCCACGUGGAUUUUCGCUCUCAAAAUGUCGAAUUUCAAAUUUUGCCACGUGGAUUUUCGCUCUCAAAAUGUCGAAUUUCAAAUUUUGCCACGUGGAUUUUCGCUCUCAAAAUUUUUGAAUUUCAAAUUUUGCCACGUGGAUUUUCGCUCUCAAAAUUUCGAAUUUCAAAUUUUGCCACGUGGAUUUUCGCUCUCAAAAUUUUCGAAUUUCAAAUUUUGCCACGUGGAUUUUCGCUCUAAAAAUUUUCAGAAUUUUCAGCCUCCUCCACCACCAAAAAAACACGUGGAAAUCGAAGAAAGUCAAGAUUUCCCACUGGAUUUUGGAUUUUUGCCAGGAUCACAGUAUUUCAAAAAACCUUUUGCCGUUCCAAAAAUGCCCAAAAAAUUGGAGAAAAUUCGAGACAUCGAGUUCGAUUUGGCUGAAAUUGAGGAGAGUUGUUGUGAUUUUCCGGUGCUUCCAACUAUGAUUCGAGAGUAUGAGAUUGAUGAGGAGACGCAGAGCAUGUUUUGUGGGUUUUUUUUGAAUUUUUGCCGAAAUUUCUGAUUUUUUGAGACCAAAUAAGCCUAGGGUUACUGUAGAUUUUAACGUGAAAAUUUCCCGCGAAAAAUAGGUUUCGAAAAUUUUUUUAAUAAAAAUUAAAAAUUGCUCAUUUGCCACGUCAUAACUCAUUUUUAACCGGCAAAUUCAAAAUUUUCAAUUUUCAGAUGAAAAUUCUGAUUUUUUGAGACCAAAUGAGCCCAGGGUUACUGUAGAUUUUCCCGGGAAAAAUAAGUUUCGAAAAUUUUUUAAAUAAAAAUUAAAAUUUUUCCGGAAUUGAAAAAUCUCGAAAAAUUGCUCAUUUGCCACGUCAUAACUCAAUUUUAAAGCGGCAAAUUCAAAAUUUUCAAUUUUCAGAUGAAAAUUCUGAUUUUUUGAGACCAAAUAAGCCUAGGGUUACUGUAGAUUUUAACGUGAAAAUUUCCCCGAAAAAAUAGGUUUCAAAAAUUUUUUAAAUAAAAAUUAAAUUUGAUGCUUGCAUUGAGUCUUUCUUAAAUGAAGGUAUUAUUUCUAAAAAAAAUUUAUUGAAUUUUUCUAGUUGAAAAAUCUCGAAAAAUUGCUCAUUUGCCACGUCAUAAAUCAUUUUUAAGCGCCAAAUUCAAAAUUUCCAAAUUUCAGAUGAAAAUUCUGAUUUUUUGAGACCAAAUAAGCCUAGGGUUACUGUAGAUUUUUCCCGCGAAAAAUAUGUUUCAAAAUUUUUUUUUUCUUGCAGAUCAAAAUGGGUAUUAUGAUAGUUUAAAUGUCAGUGUUUCCGGACAAAAAAUCGAUAUUCAAGAGGAUUCCAGGAAAGAUCAUGAAGAAGAAACUCCAGAUGAAAUGACACAGGUGAAAAUUUGACUGAAAACGCUGGAAACGCUGAAAAUCACACAUUUUUUCAAUUUCAGCACGAAAUUUCAGUCCGGAAAAUUUUUGUGAUCUAAAAAAUCCAAUUCUCAGCUGGAACUUGAAGCUGAAAAUUUCAGGCUGAAAUUUCGAGCUGAAAAAGCUGAAAACGCUUUUGAAGCUUGAAUUUUAUUUUAAAAUCUCCAAUUUUUCCAGAAAUACACCUCAAUGGCCACCGAAAAACUAGAAAAAAGCUCAAAAAAUGCAAAAUUGGAUAAAUGUCUAAUAAAACGCAAACAUUUGACUGGAAUUGCUGGUUGGUUAAUUUUUCCAGAAUUUUUUUUCAUUUUUUCAGAAAAAUCCCACAUUUUCAGCCAAAUUCGCCUCUUUAAUGACGACGAAAAACAGCGAAAAACGAAUUUUGAUAAGUGAUAUGAUUCUGGGAUCGAAAAAGAAGAUUGAGAUGGAAAUGUUGGAAGUUGAGAAGGGGUUUUGGUGAGUUUGCUGAAAUUUCUGAUUUUUUGAGACCAAAUAAGCCUGGGGUUACUGUAGAGCCAAAAUUUAAAAAAAGUUGAUUUUCUGGAGUCAGAAUUUGAAAUUUUCAAAUUUCCUGUUGAAAACUGAUUUUUUGAGACCAAAUAAGCCUAGGGUUACUGUGGAUUUUUAGGCUGAAAAUUUCCCGGGAAAAAAUAGGUUUCGAAAAUUUUUGAUAAAUUUAAAAGCGAAUUUCGAAAAUUUGAAAAUUUGCUCAUUUGCCACGUCAUAACUCAUUUUUAGGCGCCAAAUUGAAAUUUUUUAAAUUUUCAGAUGAAAUUUCUGAUUUUUUGAGACCAAAUAAGCCUGGGGUUACUGUGGAUUUUUAGGCUGAAAAUUCCCGGGAAAAAUAGGUUUCAAAAAUUUUGUAUAUAAAAUUUUUUGAAAAAUUGAACUCGAUUGAACAAUUAUUAUGUUCAGAAUCAAAAAAAUUUGAGUUUUUUUUCGAAAAAAAAAAUUUUUUUCUGCGAUUUUUCUGGAACAUCUGGAAACAUCUGGAAGCUUCCAAAAAAAAACCAAAAAACGUAUACAUUUUUGUUAUUUGAUAGAAUUGUUUCUUCAAAUCUAAUUUUUUUUUUUGGGCGAGUCCAAAAAAUUUUUUUGUCUUCUGAACACACAAAAAUUGUCUCGAACGCGCUUUUUUUGUCGCCUCGUUAUCAAAAGAAAAAAAAAUCUGCAAAGUUUACAAUUUUUUUCAUUUUAUCAAAAAAAAAUGAAAAAUGUUGCGUUUUUAUUUUGUUUGUUUUUUUCUAUUUUCGAGAAAUUUUGUUUUUGGAGCCAAAAAUAUGAAUUUUAGAUCGUUUUUUAGCGCUGAAAAUGAUGGGAUUGCUCAUUUUAAGCAUUUUUGUCAAUUUCAGCGUGAAAAUUUGAUCUAGAAAUAUUUAUUUUUGAGUCAGAAGGUCACUGGAUCGAAUCCCCAUACCUCCUAACCCUAUUUUUUCGUUUCCAGAAAUUUUAGAUCAAUUUUUCACGCUGAAAAUGAUGGGAUUGCUCAUUUUAAGUAUUUCCAGCUUUUUUGGCGUGAAAAUUUGAUUUAGAAAAUUGAUUUUUGAGUCAGAAGGUCCUGGAUCGAAUCCCAAUACCUCCUAACCCUAUUUGUUCGUUUCCAGAAAUUUUAGAUCGUUUUUUCAGCGCUGAAAAUGAUAGGAUUGCUCAUUUUAAGCGUUUCCAGCUUUUUUGACGUGAAAAUGUGAGUCAGAAGGUCCCUGGAUCGAAUCCCCAUACCUCCUAACCAUUUUUUAGCGCUAAAAAUCAUGGGAUUGCUCAUUUUAAGCGUUUUCACCUAGAAAUUCUCAAAAUAUACAAAAAAAUCGUAAUUUUCGAGUAAUAAAGUUCCUAGAAUUUUUUUUCAUUGUUGUUUUUGGGAAAAAUGUGGAAAUGUAAAUAAUACGCGAAAUUAGUCAUGAUUUUUCUCCUCCUUUUCUUUUUCUUUCUUUUUUUUUCCCAAAGAACACUAGAAAUUUUGGAAGAAGUCUCGAAUUUCAUUUUUAUUCCACCCUGGCUACUAGCCCUUUUACGAUUUUCUCUUGUUUUUGGCCGAUUUUUUGAGACCAAAUAAGCCUGGGGUUACUGUAGAUUUUUAGGCCGGAAAAUAUCCCGGAAAAAAUAGGUUUCAAUAUUUUUUGAUAUAAAUUUAUUGAAAAUUGGAAUUUGAUUAGUAGUUUAUUGGUGUAGAUAGCCAAAAUUGAAAAAAUGUCGAUUUUCAGGCGCUAAACUUUGAAAUUUUCGAAUUUCCACUGAUUUUUGAGACCAAAUAGGCCCAGGGUUACUGUGGAUUUUUAGGCCGAAAAUAUCCCGGAAAAAAUAGGUUUCAAUAUUUUUUGAUAUAAAAUUUUUGACAAUAUUGGAAUUUGAUUGAUGUAUUUAUUUAGCCAAAAUUAAGAAAAACGAGUAAUUUUCAGGCGAUAAACUUCUGAAAAUUUCAUAAUUUCCUGUUAAAGCUUCACACAGGGCCGGCCUGAAAAAGCCCGGGCCCGGCCCUUUAAAAACGACAUGCUUGAUAUCAAAUUUCAUUCACUGAACAAAUAUAGUAUAUUUUUUUUGCAGAAGCCAAAAAUGUUCCAAAAUAAAUAUUGUGUGCGUUGUAUAAACAACUAAUUUAAUUAAUUAAUUAAUUUUUUUUUUCACUCUGAAAAUGAUGAGAUUGCUCAUUUUAAGCAUUUCUAUCGUUUUCAGCAUCAAAUUCUAGCUGAAAAUCGAUAAAACCAAGAAUUUUAUCGAUUUUCAGCUGGAAUUUUGGAAUUUCAGCAAAGAUGCGAAAGCUAUGCCCAAAUUUUGAAUUAAAAAUCGAAAAAAAAUUAGUUUCCACCCUGUAUAAUCUGAAAUUCUAGCUGAAAAUCAAGGAAAAUCUGGAAUUUUAUCGAUUUUCAGCUGGAAUUUUGGAAUUCCAGCAGAGAUGCGAAAGCUAUGCCCAAAUUUUGAAUUAAAAAUGAAAAAAAAAUUAGUUUCCACCCUGUAUAAUCUGAAAUUCUAGCUGAAAAUCAAGGAAAAUCUGGAAUUUUAUCGAUUUUCAGCUGGAAUUUUGGAAUUUCAGCAGAGAUGCGGAAGUUAUGCCCAAAUUUUGAAUUAAAAAUGAAACAAAAAGUUAGUUUCCACCCUGUAUAAUCCGGAAUUCUAGCUGAAAAUCAAGGAAAAUCUGGAAUUUUAUCGAUUUUCAGCUGGAAUUUUGGAGUUUCAGCAAAGAUGCCGAAGCUAUGCCGAAAUUUUGAAUAAAAAAUAAUUUAAAAAAAAAAAUUUUCCACCCUGUAUAAAAAAAAAUUUUUUUUUUUUUUGAAAAUUCCCACGAAAAACUAUGUGUUUUUCUGUUCUCAAUAAUAAAAAACAGUUUAUUGUGGUCACUUUUUUUUUUUUUUUUUUUUUUUUUUUGGGAGAAGAAGUAUACAAUAGGCUAUUUAUUCGUCAUUCCUCCUUUUUUUCUCUUAUUUUUUCUUUUUUUUGCAUAUUUUUUUAUUUUUGUUGACUUUUUGCUGGUGGUUUUCUUUAUCAAGAAAUCGAGGAUUGUUUUCUUUUUUUCUGGUGAUAAAAAUUUUUUUCAAAAAAAAUUUUUUCUCGAUUUUUGAUGAAAAUAUUGUUAUAUGAGUCAGCGUUUUUAUUUCGAAUUUAUUUUUUUUUUUGAAAAAAAUUGAGUUAAGAAGCUUCCGGUUUUUGGGGAUUUUUGGAGCCCGAAACGUCCGGUUUGGGCCGAUUUUCGGGCCUGGAAAAUCUAGGCUUCUAGGCUUCUGAGUCCAGUUCUAGGCUUCUAGGCUUCUGAGCUCAGUUCUAGGCUUCCAAGCUUCUGAACCCUGUUCUAGGCUUCUAGGCUUCUGAGCCUAGUUCUAGGCUUCUAAGCUUCCAAGCCCAGUUCUAGGCUUCUAGGCUUCUGAGCCCAGUUCUAGGCUUCUAGGCGCCUUCGGGGCCUUCAUAGUUUUCCCGGUUCCAUUUCGGCCCGAUCUCAGGCCUACACAUAAGCCCAAAAGCCCAGGCCGGCCUUUGAAUUCAGCCUAGUUCAAGUUGGGCCUAAUUUCUUGGAAAAUUUUGAAUCAGACCCAAAAAAACUGGGAUUUUCUAGGCUUCUAAGCGCCUUCGGGGCCUUUAUUUCCCGGCCCCCUUUAGGCCCGAUCUCAGGCCCAGGCCCAAAAAAAGCCCAGUCCAAUCUCUAUCAUUCCAGCGCUCUCGGAAUCUCCACAUUCAAAAUCAAAACUCCCCCGGAGCACCGCAACUCGUUGCUCCUCUUCCGCACCAAAACUCCCACCAUCACCCGUCUCUCGUCGUCUGCGUCUCCACUCUCUACCACACUCUCUCUCCGAAUUCCCGCCCAAUAUUUGCGCAACCAAAAAAACUCCGCCCAUUUUUCGAUUGAAUUUUCGGCGCGAGACGAAAAAGAGGAGGAACAAAAUAUUGUGAAAAUCAUUUUAUCGCCACCCGUCAUUGUCUGA